AUGGCGACAACGGCAGGUCAGGGCUGGGCCCAGCUGAGGCAACAAGCCCGAUCAUUAGAAACACAGACCGAGGCAUUGCUCCAGACAUAUGCGCAGUUCUCGGCGCAAACAGCCAUACCGGCGAAGCCGACGGAGGAAGAGAAGAAUGCGGAAGCAAGGCGCGAGACCGUCAUCGCCCAACUCGGCCGCCUCCUCGACUCGGAAGCGACUCUGACCUCGUCGGCACUCAAACAGAAUAACCUCGCGCUACUCCGCGACAAGCUCUCGGACCACCGGCGUGACCUAUCCCGGCUGCGAGCGACGCUCAAGGAGGCGCGUGACCGGGCUAACCUGCUGGGAAGCGUGCGCGAGGACAUAUCGGCCUACCGGGCGGCGAAUCCGGAAGCGGCCGAGGCCGAGUACAUGCUGGGCGAGCGGGCGCGGCUGGACCGCACCCACGACGUGGCCGACAGCGUGCUGAGCCAGGCGUACGAGGUGCAGAACAGCUUUGCGCUACAGCGCGAGACCUUGGCCAGCAUCAACCGACGCAUCAUCCUGGCCGCGAGCCAGGUGCCCGGGAUCAACAACCUCAUCGGGCGCAUCUCGGCCAAAAAGAGGCGAGAUGGGAUUAUCAUGGGGUCCUUUAUUGCCGUGUGCUUUUUGGUUUUCUGGUUCUUCCUCUAA